CCGCUCCCGGGCUGCUGCUGCCGGAGCCGAACGGGGCCGAACGAAGCCGAACGAAGCCGAACGGAGCCGAACGGAGCCGAACGAGGAGCCGAACCCGAACGAGGAGCCGAACCCGAACCAGGAGCCGAACCCGAACGCUGAGCCGAACCGAGCACGGAGCCGAACCGAGCCCGAAGCGAAACCGAACCGAGCACGAAGAGAAACCGAACCGGGCCCGAAGCGAUACCGAACGGAGCCGAGAGGAGCCGAACGGAGCCGAACGGGGCGGGGGCGCGGGGCCCCGGCGGCCGCUGGAGCGCGAUGCUGCGGCCCGGCCCGCACCACCCGGGGCCCUGAAGCCGGACGAUGCCCCUUGGCCAUGGCGGCGCCGGCGCCCCUUAGGAUGCCGAUGCCGCCGGCGUCGUCGUCGCUGCCGCCGUUCUUCCUCCUCUUCCUCCUCUUCCUCCUCUUCUCGGUACCGACCGUUCCGGCGGCGCCGCCGACGUCGUGCCCGGCCGCUUGUUCCUGCAGCAACCAAGCGAGUCGGGUGAUUUGCACGCGCAGGGAACUCCUGGAAGUUCCGAGCAGUAUUUCCGUGAACACCCGGUACCUGAACCUCCAGGAGAACCACAUCCAGGUGAUCCGUACCGACACCUUCAAACACCUCCGGCACUUGGAGAUCCUCCAGUUGAGUCGCAACUUGGUGCGGAAAGUAGAAGUCGGCGCUUUCAACGGUCUCCCCAACCUCAACACCUUGGAACUCUUCGACAACCGGUUGACCACCGUCCCCACCCAAGCUUUCGAGUACCUCUCCAAACUCCGCGAGCUCUGGUUGCGCAACAACCCCAUCGAGAGCAUCCCGUCCUACGCCUUCAACCGCGUCCCCUCCCUCCGACGCCUCGACCUCGGCGAGCUCAAAAGGUUGGAGUACAUCUCGGAAGCCGCCUUCGAAGGGUUGGUCAACCUACGGUACUUGAACUUGGGGAUGUGUAACCUGAAGGAGAUCCCCAACUUGACGGCGUUGGUUCGGUUGGAAGAGUUGGAGCUUUCGGGGAAUCGGUUGGGUCGCGUCCGUCCCGGUUCUUUCCAGGGUUUGGGAAGUUUGAGGAAGCUCUGGUUGAUGCACGCCCGGGUGGCGGCGGUAGAACGUAACGCCUUCGAUGACCUCAAAGCUUUGGAAGAACUUAAUUUGGCUCAUAACGAGCUGGCCUCGCUACCCCACGACCUCUUCGCCCCUCUGCACCGCCUGGAGCGGGUUCACCUCCACCACAACCCUUGGCGUUGCGAUUGCGACGUCCUCUGGUUGAGCUGGUGGCUGAGGGAGACGGUGCCCAGCAACACCAGCUGCUGCGCGCGAUGUCACGCGCCGCCGGCGUUACGCGGGCGUUACCUCGGCGAGCUGGAACCGGGACAUUUCACCUGUUACGCCCCCGUCAUCGUGGAACCGCCCGCCGAUCUCAACGUCACCGAAGGGAUGGCGGCCGAACUCAAGUGCCGAACCGGCACGGCGAUGACGUCGGUCAACUGGUUGACGCCCAACGGGACGUUGAUGACGCACGGUUCGUACCGGGUGAGGAUCUCGGUCCUUCACGACGGCACGCUCAACUUCACCAACGUCACCGUGCAGGACACGGGGCAGUACACCUGCAUGGUCACCAACGCCGCCGGGAACACCACCGCCUCCGCCACGCUCAACGUUUCGGCCGCCGAUGCCGCCGCCGCCGCCGCCGCCGCCGCCGCCGCCGCCACCGGUUACACCUACUUCACCACCGUCACGGUGGAAACCACCGACGCCGGCGGCGAGGAACCGGCUCCUCAAACCGCCCCGGCGCCCACGACCGGUUGGGAAACCGUCGGCGGUUCUACGGCGGCGCCGGCGACUCGCGCUACCGGCAAACCUUUCACUGUCCCCAUCACGGCGGCGGCGGCGGCGGGGGCGGGCGGGGGGUUACAGGAUCUGGAUGACGUUUUGAAGACCACCAAGAUCAUCAUCGGUUGCUUCGUGGCCAUCACCUUCAUGGCGGCCGUCAUGCUGGUGGCCUUCUACAAGCUCCGCAAGCAACACCAACGCCACAAGCACCGCGGCGGGCCGGCGCGCGCCGUCGAGAUCGUUAACGUGGAGGACGAGCUGGCCGGCGGCGGUACGGGUGGGACGGGUGGGACGGGUGGGACCGGCGGCGGGGACAAUCGUUUGGCGUUACCGGCGUUGGAACGCGAUCACCUCGACCGUUACGCCGCCUUCGCCGCGCAUUACGGCAACAGCGGCGCGGCGUUGGGUUGCGGCAAGAACCCGUUGCUCAACUCGGUGCACGAACCCCUGCUCUUCAAGAGCCCCUCCAAGGAGAACGUGCAGGAGACCCAGAUCUGACCCUCCCCCGCCGCCGCCCCUCCCCCACCCCAGCCCCUCCCCCGCCCCCCUCCCAUCCCCCCCCCCAAAAAAGAAAAAAAAAAAAAAAAAACAACAAAAAAGAAAAAGCGACAAAAACUCCGCUGCGACAAAGCGGGGGAGGGGGGGGAAGCGGGGGGGGGGGGGAAGGGGGGGGUUGGGGGAGGGGGGGCGUCGGUGCGACGCACGGCGGGGGGGGAGAGGCGGGGGCGGCGUGCGGUGAAGGAGCGGUGCGAGGCACGGGGGGGGUGUGACGCACGGCGUUGCGCGAUGCACGGUGUUGUGCGACAAAGGACUUGUGCAAGGCACGGGGGCGUGCGAGGCACAGCUUUUUGGACUGAAGGACUUGUGCGAUGCACGGGGACGUGCGAUGCAUGGGAGUUUGCAGCGAGGCAUUUGUGCAAUGCACAGUGUUGUGCGACGAAGGACUUGUGCGAGGCACGGGGGCGUGCAAUGCAUGGUGGCGUGCAAGGCACGGCUUUUUGGAAUGAAGGACUUGUGCAACGCACAGUGUUUUGCUGUGAGGAACUUGUGCAAUGCACGGGGACGUGCAAGGAGGGGCUGGUGCGAUGCACAAUGUCGUGCGGUGAAGGAUUGGUGCAAGGCACGGGGGAACAUUUAAUGUGACACACAGCGUUGUGCAAUGCACGGUGUUGUGCGACAAAGGACUUGUGCAAGGCACGGGGGCGUGCGAUGCACGGGAGUUUGCAGCGAGGCGUUUGUGCAAUGCACGGUGUUGUGCGACGAAGGACUUGUGCGAGGCAUGGGGGCGUGCGAGGCACGGCUUUUUGGAAUGAAGGACUUGUGCAGUGCACGGUGUUUUGCUGUGAGGAACUCGUGCAAUGCACGGGGACGUGCAAGGAGGGGCUGGUGCGAUGCACAAUGUCGUGCGGUGAAGGAUUGGUGCAAGGCACGGGGGAAAAUUUAACGUGACACACAGCGUUGUGCAAUGCACGGUGUUGUGCGACAAAGGACUUGUGUGACGCACAGGGUCGUGCGAUGCACGGUGGUGUGCAAGGCACAGCUUUUUGGAAUGAAGGACUUGUGCAACGCACGGUGUUUUGCUGUGAGGAACUCGUGCGAUGCACAGGGACAUGCGAUGCACAAUGUCGUGCGGUGAAGGAUUGGUGCGAUGCACCGGGGGGGAAAUUUAACGUGACACAGCAUUGUGCAAUGCACGGUGUUGUGCAACGAAGGACUUGUGCGAUGCACGGGGACGUGCGACGCACGGCAGUUUGCAGUGAGGCAUUUGUGCAAUGCACUGUGUUUUGCAAUGAAGGCCUCGUGCAAUGCACGGCUCUCUGGAAUGAAGGACUUGUGCGAUGCACGGCGUUUUGCAAUGAGGAACUCGUGCGAUGCACGGGGACGUGCGAGGAGGGGCUGGUGCGAUGCAUGGGGUGCAGUGAAGGAUUGGUGCAAGGCACGGGGGGAAGUUUAACGUUGCGCACAGCGUUGUGCAAUGCACAGUGUUGCGUGACAAAGGACUUGUGCGAUGCACGGGGACGUGCAAAGAGGGGCCGGUGUGAUGCACAGUGUGCAGUGAGGGAUUAGUGCAACGCACAGUGUCGUGCAAUGAAGGACCGGUGCAAGGCACGGGAAGGGGUAGCGCGACGCACAGUGUUGUGCAAUGCACGGUGUUGUGCGAUGAAGGACUUGUGCGACGCACAGGGACGUGCGAGGAGGGGCUGGUGCGAUGCACGGGGUGCAGUGAGGGGUUGGUGCGAUGCACAAUGUCGUGUGGUGAAGGAUUGGUGCAAGACACGGGGGGGAAAUUUAACGUGACGCACAGUGUUGUGCUAUGCACGGUGUUGUGCGAUGAAGGACUUGUGCGACGCACGGCAGUGCAGCAGCGAGGCGUUUGUGCAACGCACAGUGUUUUACAAUGAAGGCCUCGUGCGAUGCACGGCUCUUUGGAGUGAAGGACUUGUGCAAUGCACGGCGUUUUGCAAUGAGGAACUCGUGCGAUGCACGGGGAUGUGCGAUGCACAGUGCUUUGCAGUGAAGGAUUUGUGCGAUGCACGCUGUUGUGCAAUGAAAGACGCGUGCAAUACAUGCUAUUGUGCAACGCACGGCCUUUCGCAGUGAGGGACUUGUGCGAUGCACGGGGUUGUGGUGUGCACAGCCUUGUGCGGCGAAGGACACGCGUGAUGAAGGGGGGGUUGUGUGACGCACGGGGUUGUGCGACACACGACCUUGUGCAACGAAGACCUUGUGCGAUGCACAGUGUUGUGCGAUGCACGGCAUGGCGCAGAGAAGGACUUGUGCAACGCACGGCGCUUUGCAACGCACAGCCCCGUGCAACGGAGGACUUGUGCACUGCACGGCCUGCUGCAAUUGUGCGCGUGCGUGAUGCAAGUGGAGUCCUCGUGCAACGCACGGGCUCGUGCAACGGCGGCCUCGUGCGACCUGUGGCCUGGUGCAACGCACAACCUCACGCAAUACAAUCCCCCGUGCGAAGCCCGGCCUUGUGCUCCGGAGUC